UACGCUCGCGUGGCAACGUUUUCUAGCAGUCCCCGAAAUGUGCUGAGGGGCACGAGAGCGCAGUAAGCCAAGUAGGACCAUUACCGCGAUCGGAAGGUUGGAGGCUUCUAGGGUGCAAGGGCAGGCAACAGGUGUGAGGCAACGGCAGUGUCCCUUUGAAGGGUGGCUGGUGGUUUGAGUCUCCUAUCUGCGUGGCGCAAGUCUUGGGUGGGGCCCCACCCGUGAAUUGUGCACCGUGCGGCUGUCGCUGCUGCUGCAAGGGCAACGCGACAGGGCGCCCAAGUCGGGAAGAUGAGGCUUGGCAGACGGACCUCCAACGCAAUUGCCUCAGGCUUAAGUCCAGCGGUGGAAGCAUCGCGAGCUGGAUGCCACGCUGAGCAGCUUGCCUUGAAUUCCGGCUUCCUUAUUCCGUAUCCUAGACAGAGACUGACGCGAUGCUCGCAAUUCCACCUGCUGGCCCUGAUCCUCGUGUCAGUACUCGUGCGAGGAUUCGCCGUCGGCAAACGGAGCCCCCUUGGAAACGGCGCAGGCCCAGGUACAAGAUGUCUCAGUUCUUCGGCCGGUAGCAGCACCUCCACCGACAUCGAUCACGAGAACGCGACAUCGGUCUGCCUCGUUUGCGGAGUACAUCUCCUCCUUGUUCUGUGGGACAUGAGGGUAAGACGUUGUAAGUGGAACACAGUGAUGCGCCUCUGCAUGCCCCUACUGGAUGUUGUGGCGUUACAGCCUCGAUAUUGGUGGGAUGAUAGACAUCCGCAGCCAUCGAGCCUUGCAGCAAUAAUGAAUGAGUGGCAAGCCAUGACGAUCUCGACGCCACAGUCCUUUGAACGGGUUGGCUGCCAAAUUUGCUUCUCCCCGAGGGUACUGGCUAUCACCAUGCUUCUUGCUGACGCAGCCAACCUGACCUCUUGAAGAUGUCGGCCACAAGAAUGAGAUUUGACAACACGAUAUGAAUGUGAGAAAGGAGACGAAGAAGAAGCGAAGAAGAGGGAGCAGAUGCAUACACAGAUGAGGUAGGUAAGGAGGGGCACGAGGGGACGACCACGGCCACUGCAACAGAUUGUCUCUCAAG